CCCUCCCCCCUAAUCGCCACCAUCGCCAAUACUCGACGGCAAUAACAACAAACUAGUAUUAAUCCCAAUAGCGUAAUAUGACAAUGGCUUCCCCACCCAAACGUCCAAAACUCUCCGACUCACCCUCCUUACCUUUCCACCGCUCUGCCAGCCCAUCAAAACUCCCUGUACGAAAUGACUCUAGCGCGUUAUACCGAUCGCCCACUAGACCCUCCCUGACGAAACGCAACCUCCAGCACGCCCGCCGCUCACCCUAUGCGGAACCCGUGAAGAAGCGGUUUGUCAGCGCCUCGCAGGACGAGACUAACAGGGCGGGGAGGCUAAAUUUCGGCAGCGGUAGCGGAGGGGCAGGGGGAAUGUUCACUGGAAGGGCUAGGAGUGAAAGUGUUGGCACGGGUAUUAGACGUGCGGGUGGUUCGAGAUUGUCGUCUAGCCCUGCUAGGCGCAGGGGUGGCUUUUCGAACGCUCUUGCGCCUAGUGUUCCCCCUAGUGAGGAUUCCCCGGAAAAGAGUGAGUUGGGGAUUCUACAGGAGGAAGGAGGCGUGGAGGAUGUAAAAUCGCCAGAACCGGCGUCUGUUAUGAAGAAGAGUGGAGCGCGCGAGGGGCCACCGCAACCCCGGCAGCAGCAGCAGGGGGGUAAGAGGAAAUGGCCAGAAACGGAAAUGGAGGCAAAGCAACGAGUCGAGAAGGAAAGGUUGGAGAGGAUCAUGGCGGCGAGGGUGCAGGUUUUGCAGGCGGAGAUUAUGGAGCUUCAGGAGGAGGUUAAGAUUGAGAAGGCGAGGGUUGGGAGGGAGACGCAGGCUGCAAAGGAUCUAGAUCAGGAUACUGACGCUCUGGUGAAACGAUUACUAGCUGUGAAUGAUGCUUCUCAAGUGGUAUCGAUACCGAAGCCAAGGCAGAAAGAGCCAGUCCCUUCGGCGAGGCCAGUGGAGCCAGACGAUCCUCUUUCCCAACUAAAAGCCUUCACAAGCAUCACUUUCACGACGCACAAUUCCAAAAUCAUCCCAUCCACACCCGUAAACCAAAUAAUCACAGCAUCUGGCUAUACCUCCAACCGUCUAUUAUACUUCACUGUAUCCCUCAGCAUCCAAUCCGCCACCGUUCAAGAAAUCACCCACCGUAUUUCACCUUGGUCUGUUCGCGAACUAACCCCCGUGUUGACGACUGCCGUUACAGAAGGCGACAUACCCACCGUCUUCCAUGCGAUAUCUACAUACACACUCAUAGCUAAAACCCGGGCGAGUGUAUUCGCGAAGCUCAGCGCCACAUUCCCGCACCUCCUCCCAAUCCUCGCUAAAGGCAAGAAGGAGAAAGGCAAGGUCUCAAGAAGGGAGAUCAUCCCAUACCUAGGCGAAUCACUCCUGUGCUUCCACCCCCGUGCAAAGACCGACAAAGCUAGUCGGUGCGGCGGAUCGGGCGUGGGGGGGAGUGGGGUAGAGUUGGUCCUAGAAUGGCGCAUAGAGUUCGACGUCACUGGUGAACCUGAGAGUGUGAUUUCGGCGGAUGUUAGGUUGCCAAGUUAUCUGAAAGAGGCGGAUGAACUGAAUAGCUUCUCGAGACUUGGCGGAGUAUUUGAUUUGCUAGUUAAAGAAAAGGGAGUGUACGAUGCUGCUACUUGUGUUGUUGGACUUUUGUUUCAGUAG